AUGGAUUCCAGCGAGUUCACUUCUCUCGAAGAGAAGCUGACCGCUGCUACCGUGAAGGUUACCCGAACUGCGAACCAACUUGGCCAAGAGGACUUGGAUUUCUAUCGCACGUCAGAUGCCGACUUCAGCAACCAAGCAGAUGAACAGGGCAAUAGAAUUCUUUCUUUGACCAACGCCCUUCUCAAAGCUGCCACUCAUGGGUCAGAUGGACAGAUUCCGCAGUUAAAGGACGAGGAUUCUCUUGACAGCAAUUGGCGUGAUAUUGUUGACGUGAUCGACCAGCUUUUAGAAAAGGCAGAUGCAUGCUUGGACGAGUUUACCGGUGCGAUCAAGAAAUUGAGCCCGUCACAAGAAGAGCAAGCGCGCAAGGCACCCCCUCCGAAGAGGGCGCCUCCAUUCCCUUCUACAUACGACUACGGGCCAUCAAAGAUCCCGAAACCCCAGUUACGGUUCGAGCGCAAGCCUGACAACACCGACCUGGGUCCUUUCCAACCUCUUCUCAAAUCAAAGCCCAACGCUAUUGUGCCCUUAUCCGAGUCUACUAAGCUAAAGGAUUUUGAUGGAGUGAAAGGCGUUCCUAACCCAUACGAACCAGAAAUUCGUGCGUCGCACUACCCGGCCUCGGUGUACCAAACGGCAACCCCAAUUGAAUACCUGCCUUACGAGAGCACAACUGCUACGUUCGUGGAUACAUUUGACGGAGUCAAGGAAAUGCUGUCAGAGCUGAAGCAGGCUAAGGAAAUUGCGAUUGAUCUUGAGCAUCAUGAUGUUCAUUCUUAUCAUGGUCUUGUGUCCUUGAUGCAAAUCAGCACUCGAGAGAAGGAUUGGGUCGUCGAUACUUUGCAGCCUUGGAGAGAGGAGCUUCAAAUCCUGAAUGAAGUCUUUACGGACCCUAGUAUUGUCAAGGUACUGCAUGGUUCCACAAUGGACAUAAUCUGGUUGCAGCGCGACCUUGGGUUGUAUAUGGUCGGCAUGUUCGAUACCUUCCAUGCUGCAUGCGCUUUGGGUCUCCAAAAGAAAAGUCUCAAGUUCCUUCUAAAGGAAUACGUCAAUUUCGAGGCCGACAAAAAAUACCAGAUGGCUGACUGGCGUAUCCGUCCUCUGCCCCCCGCUAUGUUUGAUUACGCACGGUCUGACACUCACUAUCUUCUCUACAUUUUCGACCGUCUCCGCAAUGCCUUGAUCGAACGCUCAACGCCCGAGGAAAAUUUGAUCGAUUUCGUCUUGGAAGGCUCCAAGCGUGAGGCGUUGCAGCGAUACGAGCGCCCCGUCUAUGAUGCAGAAAAUGGACAGGGCCAGGGAGGCUGGUAUGAUGUACUCACCCGCACUUCGGGUACCCUGACCAGGGAACAGUUCGCUGUUUUCAAGGCUGUGCAUCAGUGGCGCGAUGAGGUCGCACGGGAGGUCGAUGAAGGUUACCAGUGUGUUUUCCCCAAGUACAUGCUUUUCAAGCUGGCACACAACAUGCCUACGGACAUGGGCACCUUGCUUCGCACACUGUCUCCUGUUACCCCCCUCACAAGAGAACGUGCCAAGAGCCUCUUACUCGUUAUCAAAGAGGCCAAGGCUGCUGGAGCCACCGGGCCCGAGUGGCGUGACUUUGUUCCAUCACUCAAGGAGCUUAUCAAACCUGCCAAGAUCGACCUGACCAAGGCCCCUGUUGCUGAGCGUUAUGAGAAGUCGCAAUUCUGGGGCAACAUGCUGGAAGCGAAUGAGGCCCUCGGCCUCUCCCAUGUCUACCCUCGUCGCUGCAGCUGA